CGUCCCCAGCGUGCGAUCCCUCGGGAGCCAGAGCCCAGCCUCCUCCAGCACACGCAGCCCUCCAGCCGACGCCAUGGUGCAGUGGACAGCCGAAGAGAAGCAGCUCAUCACCGGCCUCUGGGGCAAGGUCAACGUCGCCGACUGCGGCGCCGAGGCCCUGGCCAGGCUGCUGAUCGUCUACCCCUGGACCCAGAGGUUCUUUGCCUCCUUCGGGAACCUGUCCGGUGCCACCGCCAUCCUCGGCAACCCCAUGGUCCGCGCCCACGGCAAGAAGGUGCUCACCUCCUUCGGGGACGCCGUCAAGAACCUGGACAGCAUCAAGAACACCUUCGCCCAGCUGUCCGAGCUGCACUGCGACAAGCUGCACGUGGACCCCGAGAACUUCAGGCUCCUGGGUGACAUCCUGAUCAUCGUCCUGGCCGCCCACUUCGGCAAGGAUUUCACCCCCGACUGCCAGGCUGCCUGGCAGAAGCUGGUGCGUGUGGUGGCCCACGCCCUGGCCCGCAAGUACCACUGAGCAGCGAGGAGCGCCCCGGCAGCGCCGCGCCCGCUGCCCCGAGCCGCUUCCAACAGCAAAUAAAGCUCAGCCUGUGAAGCCUC